CUCGUCCUCAUGCCACCUGCCUCACAUCGGGUAUCCGAGGAAGAGCUGCGCACUGCGGCUGCUUCUCUGCCGCUCAUCGGGAGAAGAACCGACCUGGAGAAUGAGCUGAAACACGAUUGUUGCAUAAGAGCUGCAAUUUGAAGAAACGGAGGGUGAAGGCGACCACAGAGCAGCCUGGAUUUCCUGCAGGAAAUAACAAAAACAAGCUCACAAUAGUCUCCAAAAUUCUCAUGUGUUUCAGGUGUGUGUGAGCAGGAUGGAAGGUGUGUCAGCGUGUGCGUGACCACAUGGCAUCCACGUUAUCCCAGCUGCAGUUCGGCCGCCUGCGGGGCCUUCGAGCUAAAGUGCUGCGCCGCUACGAGCACCGGCCGUUCGUGUCGUGUCUGUCCGGCCUGUACGGCUGCAGGUGGAGACGCUACGAGAGGAGCUGCACUCAGCCGGGAGACUGCUGCUGCAACAAGCUGGAAGGCGUCAGCUUUGCUCUGCUCGUGGCGGCUUUCUGCUUAACGCUGGUGUUUCUCUACUUCUGGGGACAAGCGAAGAACGACUACAAUGACUUCGACUGGUUUAACUUUGGGAACCUGGGCUUCUGGUUUCCCUGGUCUAUGGUGCUGCUGGUCAUCGCCGCAGGCUUCUUCACCUACGUCACUGUUCUGAUGCUGCUGGCUGUGUGUCUGCUGUCAGAAGGCCAGAAACUUUAUUUACACUGGAGUCACAAGAUCGGGAUCCUGGUGAGUCUCACCUUCUCCAUUGUAGCCACGGCUGUGUUGUCGGACCUGUGGAGUAAAGAAUGGACGACGUUACUGCUCUCCUUCCAGGUGACCGCACCUUAUUUGCAUGUGGGUGGAGUCUUACUGAUGACAGCGCUGUCCUGGCCAAUAGCAUUGCAUUUCUUUCGCAUGCGCAGCAGAGUCAGGCGGGGUCUCAUCAUGGGGGGCUACCUGACCGUCCUGGCUGGCCUCUACUUGGUGCCCCUCGGUCUGUAUUCUCCUUGUAUCAAAGAGGCGGGGACCCUGGGCCCGGCACCCGCCCUCAUCGGCCACAGAGGGGCCCCCAUGCUCGCUCCAGAGAACACGCUGAUGUCGUUUGAGAAGGCCGUGGAAGCGGGAAGUGACGGCCUGGAGACGGACGUCACCAUCAGCGUCGACGGGGUUCCCUUCCUGAUGCACGACCACACCCUUCAGAGGACCACCAACAUCCAUGAGGUCUUCCCCAACCUGACCGACAUCCCGGCUGCCAUGUUCACCUGGUCUGAGCUGCAGAGCCUGAACGCCGGCGCCUGGUUCCUCUCGCACAAUCCGUUCGGCACAGUCGGCUCUCUGGGAGCAGGCGGGCGCCAGCAGGCGGGGGCGCAGUCGGUCUGCAGCCUGCGGGCCUUCCUCCAGCUGGCCGCUCACAAAGACAAACUGGUGAUCUUCGACCUCUACCGUCCACCCAGAGGACACCCGUACAGAGACACCUGGAUCCAGCGCACGCUGGAGGUCAUCCAGAACGAGUCCUCCAUCCACUCCUCGCAGGUGCUGUGGCUGCCAUCAGACCUGCGGGCUCUGGUCCAGGAGAUGGACCCCGAGCUGCAGCAGACAUCAGGGAGCCGGCUCCCCCUAGAGGAGCUCCAGAGGAACCACAUCGUCAAACUCAACCUGCACUACAGCGCCAUGUCCACUGAGCUCAUCAGCGAGUACGCUGCAGUGAACAUCUCCACCAACCUGUAUGUGAUCAGCCAGCCGUGGCUCUACUCGCUGGCCUGGUGCAGCGGCGUCCAGUCGGUCACCACCAACGCUCCCCAGCUCCUCAGCACCAUGAGCUCCCCGCUCUUCCUCAUGAGUCCAGCUGAGUAUAAACUGAUGUGGAUUCUCACUGAUCUGAUGUCCCUCGUGCUGAUCGUCAUCAUCUUCAUCUUUCAUCGGUGGCGAGAGCGAGGACUGGCGUUCUGCUCGGGCGGCAAAAUCACGCAGGACAACGGCACUUACAGCAAGUUCAAGACGGAGAUGAGCGACAUCUGGUCGGUGUCCAGUGCGAACUGCCAAGCAGAGCGGACGCUCGGCCUGGCGACCGUGAGCGAGCACUGAUGUCAGCCGACCCGGAAACACCGAGCCUCCUACUGCCAACAUGUAAGAUCUUUGUUUUCAUGAAAUAAAGUGACCUAAACAUCGCUUCGCUGUGUUAGCAG